UCAAGCUGUGUCUGGGUGAACGAGAUGCAGGUUUAUCGGUGUUAUUUAGGCUUGUUUGACAUUCACAUUUACAUUAUUUAAAAUAACUGAGUUGACUGUAGUCUUGCUGUCCGUUUGAGGAGACCAAUGUUAAUGAGGACAAUAUUAUAAAUCUACAAGACCAACAUGAAUCCAAGAGCCUUGACUGGACCGGUGCGCUUCUGGAUGAAGCGCUGUGUGCAUGUCAGAAGAGGACUGAGUUCAGUUCCUCCGAGACUAGUUUUGGGGAUUGAGACGAGCUGUGAUGAGACUGGGGCGGCAGUGCUGGAUGAGAAUGGAGUGAUUUUGGGGGAAUGUCUGCAUUCUCAAAAACAGACCCACUUAGAUACUGGUGGCAUUAUUCCAACCAUAGCACAACGUCUACACAGAGAAAACAUCAGUCGAGUUGUCCAGGAGGCGCUAAACAGGGGUUCGAUUGAACCAUGUGAACUCACAGCUGUGGCCACAACAGUGAAGCCUGGUCUCGCCCUCAGUUUGGGGAUCGGUUUGGAUUUCAGUCUUAAGUUUGUAAGACUUCAUGAAAAGCCGUUUAUCCCCAUACACCACAUGGAGGCACAUGCCCUCACUGUAAGAAUGCUUCAACCUGUAGACUUUCCAUUUCUUGUUCUUCUCGUCUCUGGGGGACAUUCUCUCCUUGCGCUGGCCAAAGGAAUCGAUGAGUUUCUCCUUUUGGGACAAACACUGGAUGAAGCAGCAGGGGACACUUUAGAUAAGAUUGCCAGAAGGCUUUCUCUAAGAAAUCAUUCAGAAUGCUCCACUGUGAGCGGCGGACAAGCCAUAGAGCUUCUGGCGAGAGAGGGAAACCGACACGCAUUCUAUUUCACGUCACCAAUGGGGCAGCAGUACGACUGCAAUUUCUCUUUCGCUGGAUUGCGAAACCAAGUGACAAUGGCGAUAAACAAAAAAGAGAAAGAAGAAGGUGUUGAAGCCGGGCAGUUAUUAUCUUGUGUUAAAGACAUCGCUGCUGCCUCACAACACACAGUGGCAUCUCAUAUAGCUAAACGAACACAUCGUGCUAUAUUAUUCUGUAAGGCCAAAGCUCUUUUACCACUGCACAAUCCAACUCUGGUUGUUUCGGGAGGAGUAGCGAGCAAUGAAUACAUCAGACAGAGAGUCAAAAUCAUCACGGAUGCCACUGGGUUGCAGUUGCUUUGCCCUCCCUCCAAGCUUUGCACUGAUAACGGAGUCAUGAUUGCAUGGAAUGGUAUAGAGAGGUUAAAGCUUGGAAAGGGCAUCCUGUCCCACACUGAAGAGGUCCGCUAUGAACCGAAGGCACCCCUUGGAUUAGACAUAACAGCAGAGGUUAAAGAGGCUGCGAUCAAAGUUCCACCGUUAAAACAGAAAAUAUAUUCUUGACAUUGUAUUAUAAACAGCAUUUCUU